GGGAUCAGCUGACCAAAGGUCUCAUCGCUCUCACCUCUACCUAGGGAGCUCCCCGCCCCGCUGUCAGGCCAGUCUCUGCAGUUGAGUCUGAACUGAACGUCAGGGGACCCCCGUCUGGGACCUCCCUUCUGCUUCACUGAGGAAAAACAUCAGGACCCUUUCAGCUGUCAACCACAGAGGCAUUUAUCUAAAGGGUCACUGGACGAAAGGUAUAGCACUGCAUAAUCCAACAUGGAGAAAAAUGUGACUCAGAUCUCACGUGAGGACCUGGAUGACCUCAGAGAAGCCUUCGACAAGAUCGAUAUUGAUAACAGUGGCUUCGUAAGUGAUUUUGAACUGCAGGACCUCUUUCGGGAAGCCAGGUUUUCUUUGCCAGGGUUUAAGGUACGGGAGAUCGUAGAGAAGUUCAUGGUUCAUGGAGACACCAACAAAGAUGAGAAGAUAAGCUUUGAUGAGUUUGUUGCGAUCUUCCAGGAACUAAAAAGCAAGGAGGUUAGGGAGACCUUCCGCAAAAUGGUUACUAGAAAAGAUGGGAUAUUUUCUUUUGGGGGCACAUCAGGAAUCUCCAGUGAGGGAACUCAACACUCAUACUCAGAUGAGGAGAAAGUGGCCUUUGUGAACUGGGUUAAUAAGUCUUUGGCAAAAGAUCCAGACUGCCAGCAUCUUGUCCCCAUGGACCCAGAAACUGACAGUCUGUUUAAGUCUGUCAAGGAUGGAAUACUCUUGUGCAAAAUGGUUAAUUUGUCCCAGCCUGACACAAUUGAUGAGAGAGUGAUAAACACGAAGAAAUUAACAACUUUUACUAUGAAUGAGAACCUGAUGCUAGCUCUUAACUCUGCCUCUGCCAUUGGCUGCACUGUAGUCAACAUUGAUCCUCUGGACCUGAAGGCUGGGAAGCCCCACCUGGUGUUGGGCCUCCUCUGGCAAGUCAUCAAGAUCGGGCUUUUCGCAGAUUUUGAGAUUUCCAGUAAUGAAGCACUCAUUUCUCUGCUGCUGGAGGGAGAGGAGCUGGACCACCUUUUGUCCAUGUCCCCAGAGGAGCUGCUUCUGCGCUGGGUCAACCACCACCUCAAUGCUGCUGGCUGGCAGCCCAUUCGCAACUUCAGUGAGGACAUCAAGGACUCCAGAGCUUAUUUCCACCUGCUCUAUCAGAUCUCUCCAAACGGAGAAAGAGACGAGAUGAGCAUUGACAUUGACAUGUCAGGAAUAAAUGAGCGAGAUGAUGAGAAGCGAGCUGAACUGAUGCUGAAACAGGCGGCCAGGAUGGAUGCCAGGCAGUUUGUCACUCCUCAAGAUGUGGUGGCUGGGAACCACAAGCUCAACAUGGCCUUCGUGGCUAACCUGUACAACCUCUACCCUGCUCUCAACAAGCCUGCCAGCAAUGGCAUAGACCUCACCUUACUCGAGGGAGAAUCCAGGGAAGAGCGCACAUUCCGGAACUGGAUGAACUCCUUAGGAGUGGCCCCAUACGUCAACCACUUGUACAGCGAUCUUGUGGAUGCCUUGAUCAUUAUCCAGUUAUACGAACGGAUUCAGGUCCCUGUGGACUGGAGGAAGGUCAACAGGCCCCCAUAUCCUGCUUUAGGUGCAAACAUGAAAAAGCUGGAGAAUUGUAAUUACGCUGUGGAACUGGGCAAAAGGGAAGCCAAGUUCUCUCUGGUGGGUGUUGGUGGGGAAAACAUCAAUGAGGGCAGUUCAAUGCACACUUUGGCUUUAGUGUGGCAGCUAAUGAGGAGAUACACAGUGAAGGUUUUGUCAGACCUUGGUGAUGGUGAGACAGUAAUAAAUGACCAGGUUAUCAUCAACUGGGUGAACACCACAUUAAGAGAAGGUGGCAUGGACACUUUCAUCAGCAGCUUCAAGGACAAAUCAAUCAGCACUAGUCUCCCAGUGAUAGAUCUGAUCACUACCAUCGCUCCCAACGCCACCAAAAACGAAAUGGUGAAGAGAGGCGACUUGAGCCCAGAGGACAAGCUGAACAAUGCAAAGUACGCCAUCUCCGUUGCCAGAAAGAUCGGCGCAAAGGUCUACGCCUUGCCUGACGACUUGGUGGAGGUGAAACCCAAAAUGGUGAUGACAGUGUUUGCCUGCCUGAUGGGCAGAGGAAUGAAGAAAGCCGACAGCUGAGGUGCUUCCAGAUGCUGAAACAACCAUUGCACCAUACUACUCCAUCUCUCUCUCCGACCCCCCCCCCACCCCAACACACACACACACACAACAAACCCCCAGUACUGUUUUAUUCACACUUUUCCAGUCACACUCCUCCUCUCUUUUCACAGCCUCCCUCUUUCUCUAUCCUCUCCGUACGUUCUCCUACUCACCAACUGUCCAUGCAAGCAUUACUAUAAUGGCUCCAUUACCUUCUUCUAUUGUCUGUAAUUUGUUAGAGAUCAUGGUAAUAAGAUGAUCCGGAGGCAUCUAAAAGACAAAUAAUGCAUGUCAUUUUUACGGGUUGUUUUGAAAAUUGCACAUAGCUUAAAAUUUGUGAAUGUUUGUAAAUGCUGUCUAUUUUAUUUCUAGUGACUACUUUAAAUAAAGUUAUCAAAUGAGGA